GACUGUGCAUAAGAUAUGUCAACUUAUUAUCAAGAUUAUGGCCUGGGACAGGACAUCUCCCAGGUUGUGACUUUCCUUAACGAUCUGUACACAGUGUUUGAUGAUAUCAUCAGCCAUUAUGAUGUCUACAAAGUGGAAACAAUUGGCGACGCUUACAUGGUAGUGAGUGGAUUACCUAUCAGGAAUGGAGAUAACCAUGCUGGAGAAAUCGCCUUCAUGGCACUAGAACUCUUAGAUUCUAUUCGAACAUUCAAGAUUCAACAUAAACCAAAUCAGACACUGAAGCUUAGAAUAGGCAUGCACACAGGUCCUGUAUGUGCAGGUGUUGUUGGUCUGACGAUGCCCCGGUACUGUCUUUUUGGAGAUACUGUCAACACGGCAUCUAGAAUGGAAUCCAACGGAGAAGCGCUGAAGAUACAUAUUAGUCCUCAAUGUAAAGCUUCCUUAGAUAAAUUAGGAGGUUAUUAUACAAGUGAAAGAGGAUUAGUUAAAAUGAAAGGCAAAGGGGAAAUCAGGACAUUUUGGCUUAUUGGCCACUCGAAAGGACCAAGAAAACGCUGUAGUACAGCUUCAGAGACUCUGCCUCCUCAACCUCUCUUCAAUGUUCAUCGAGAAGAAAACAUGAAAAGAAGAAGUCCGAAGCUCAGUGACGCAGGGAGACGAGGUUCACUCGCAGGACGCCGCAACAGUUCAUAUGUCACUUGUGCUGACGAUACUCCACCUUCACCUGGAGUACCAGUCUUCCUGAGAUUAUCUCAGGAAAAUCCUCGUUCUCCAAAACGCCUGUGUCCAGGGCACGGUGAUCCCAAUAAAUUGCUACGUGUGCAAGACCCCGACACAACAAGUUGGUUCGGAAGUGCUUCAGCUAGCAGUUGCGGAGAAUUGUACUGCAUGGAUUCUGCGGGGCGUACAGAUAUCGAUAUUUCUUUCAUCCCAUCUAAGUUAAAAAAACCGAAGCUAGAAAGCAUCGGUUCGGAGGACUGCGACCAGUGCGCUAAUAGUUCCGAGCAUUCUUGUCAUUGCAGGUCUGACGCAGUCGAAUCUAACAACAGGAAUGGUUUGAUCAAUAUUGAUGAAUCUUUGCGGCCACUACUGAGUACGAACAAAGAUUUGAAAGUAGAUCUAGUUUUGCCCAAAGAUACAGAGAAGACGUCAUCUUCUUUACUGAAACCCCCAGUACUGAGACUUCCUUCGAAGAAAUGGCGUUCUUGUGAUGAGAUCAUUCUUCCCAAAGGAUCUCGAAGUUCGCUAAAAGAAUUCUUUACAGGACUUUUAGGGAACAAAACCAAUGAUUCCGACAGUAAACGAGCAAACAAUAUUUCCAUGGCAAGAAUGGCACAAGAUACAUAUAAAGAGGAGAGUUUGGUGUAAUCUGUUUUGAUUACUUGUUAUCUUUGUAUGUCAUAAUUCUCAGAUUUUUCCUUUUAUGAGUAAUUUAAGCGGGUGGGUGAUUUAAUGUCAGAAGAACAUAUAUCUUGGUUGGGUGUUUGAGUGACAUAGUUUUCUGUUGCUACAUAUGUAAGUGAGUUCGUGAGAUCUCUCUACUAUUUCUGGUAGAUGACUAGAAUUAAAUGUAUACCGUUUAUUUCUUUUAUCCCCACGUUUUUCAUACAAUUAAACGUCUCGCCCAACAAGCGUGUUCAUUAAAUUUAUAUCUAUGUACUUCGAUUUUCGUUUUUAAUCUUAAAAAACGGAAAUCGAGUAUAUCCUGUUUUACUUGUUGCUAUAAAACAGUGAACAACAAUUGGACAUUGUGAAGAUUUCAAAAUAAUAUAUUUUUAUAAAGAAUUUAUUUGGAGAUAUGUUUCUUUGAUAUGUUUAUGAUGAAGCUAUGUAUUUUAAAUAAAGAUUACAUUAUGUUGGGUAUAUUCUAUUUUAAAUUAUCAUUACAUUUUGGUUUAAAAAUGCAGUGGAACAAAAUUUUUACUUUUAUGUCUUGGGAUAUCAUGCUUUUAAAUUCAAAAUGAAUGUUUCUAUGCAUUAGAUUUCUAAAAUAUUUAAAUUUUAUACUUCCGCAAAAUACUUUAUGAAUAAACCAUUUUUAAAUCCAUUAUUCUAUACAAAGAAACUGUAAAUAUAACACACUUAUUUUGACUAAAAUAAUAUAAUAUGCAUUCAUGGAAUAUUUUUAACUGUUAAAAUCAGCUCGAGGAGUCUAGCGAAUUAGAAAUUUCUAUCGUAUUUAAUAUUUUAAUUUCUAAGUUAAUACAUUUAAGUAAGUUACGUUCAGGUGAAUUCUUAAUAUUUUCUUUUUUGUUCUGCUUAUCUGGCUAACUGACACGUUUAUUAACAUAAUUGACAUUCCAAAUAUAUUUAUGUGUGCAUAAUGUAUGAUAGUCAUGAAUUAAUUAAAACUGCUUUUUUUACUUGAUAUUACAUUAGUUCUAUUUCUGAAAAUUUUCAUGGAAUGACUUUUAUACUUCAUAAUAAAAUUCAGCUUUAAAUAUAUGUUAAAAAGUAAGAUAUACUUUCCUAACCACUCAAAAAUGGACAUUAAAGGUAAAAUAGUUUAUUUUGAAACGUUUUGCUUACGUCUGAAGAUUUCGACUAGAAAGUGAAGGUACAACUUAUUUUCGCUAUGUAUUCAAUGAUAAAAAUAAUUUUGUCUAAAGAUUCUAAUGUAUUAUUUUAUAAGUCUGAAUUCACCUUAUAUGUAUCUAUAAGAUAAGUUCAAAGUUAUAAAUACUUGCUUAGUUUUAUUAUGUAAAUAUAAAUUAAAUUUCUUUCCCAAAUUAUUUAGUUUUAUUUAAAUAUUUUUAGGUAAAGGCAGCUAUCUUUAUUUCUUUUAAUUUAUAUGUCAAUGUGAUAUGAAAUUUUACGUCGCAUUUGUUUAAAAAAGUUAAGUUUAUUAUAAGAUGUUACGAAGUUUUGCAGUGCAAUAACAGUAUUUUCGUAAAUAAAUAGAGAAUGCAUAAAAGUAUACAAUUUGGAAUGCGAAAUCAAUGUUUUUUAUGUUUUUAAGAAGAACAAUUAGUAUUGUUUCUGUCAGCAUGUUUUUCAGAAGCAGUUGUCGAGCGCGAAAAUGAUUCGUUGUAACAUCAGUGUUUUUGGUUGAAAUGAAGUAAUCCUGUGUACAAUAUGUUUGUCAAGCUAAGAUGUACUUAAAAUAUUGUCACUUUGUAAUGCACGUAUAUAUUGUAAGAUCAGUUGUCUGUAUUAAUGUAAAGAUCCCGUUUAAUAUGUCAGUCGAGAAACAGAUGGUUUCGCUAUUAUAAAGAAAGGAAAGUAAUAAAGUUUAUACUUGUUCAUUUGC